AUGGAAGGUGGCCACACAAACACCAAGGAGUCGAUCAGGAGGCAAGUAAUUCUCCUUUUAUUAUUACACUUGCUCAGCCAAACUGCCUCAGAGCAGAUCCGCUACUCCAUUCCUGAGGAACUGGAAAUAGGUUCCAUUGUAGGGAAUCUUGCUAAAGAUUUGGGGCUGCCAGCUGGAAAACCAGCAAACUACGAUCUGCAUAUCUUGUCUCUAGGUAAAAAUCAGUAUUUCAGUAUCAACACAGAAAAUGGGCAUUUGUAUGUAAAUAGCCGAAUAGACAGGGAAGGAAUAUGUGGGGAAACUGCAUUCUGCCAUAUAAACUUUGAAGUGAUGAUCAAAAGCCCCAUGAAUAUUUUCCAUAUAACUGUAGAGAUCGAAGACAUUAAUGAUAAUGUGCCACAUUUCUUUACUGGAGAUAUCAAGUUAGAGACAAUUGAAUCAACUUUUCCAGGAGCCCGAUUUGUUCUUGGAUAUGCCAAAGAUGCAGAUGUUGGAAUUAAUUCUCUCCAAAAUUACCAUCUAAUGCCUAAUCAGUACUUCAUACUAGAAACGAGAGAAAGAGAAGAUGGAAAUAAAUAUGCAGAAAUAGUGCUGAAUAAGCAGUUGGAUCGAGAAAGUGAAAGCAGUUUCCACUUAAUUCUGACCGCCCUGGAUGGCGGGAAGCCCACCAAAACUGGAACUGCCACAAUAUGGGUUAAUGUCCUUGAUGCCAAUGACAACUCCCCCAUCUUUGCUCAAGAGGUGUACAAAGUUAGCUUAAAAGAGAAUGCUGCAAAAGGAUCUUCAGUGGUACAGGUGAAAGCCACAGACAAAGAUGAAGGUUCAAACGGACAGAUUGACUAUCAGUUUGCCAACAUCCCUGAAAGUGCUCACCAGAGGUUCAGUGUCAGUUCAGUGAAUGGAACAAUUACAGUAACAGAAAACUUGGACUUUGAAGAAAUGGAGAAAUACACUCUUACAGUAGAAGCAAGAGAUGGAGAUGGUGGUGGAUUGGUGACACAUUGCAAAGUUGAAAUAACCAUUCUUGAUGAGAAUGAUAAUGCCCCAGAAAUAAUGCUCGCCUCCCUAGUUAACCCAGUGUCUGAAGACACAGCCUUAGGAGCAGUGAUUGCUUACAUCAUUGUAACCGACAAAGAUACUGGGGACAAUGGAAAGGUUACCUGCCACUUACAUGGAGAUCCACCCUUCAGAAUCCUUCCCACAUCUAGCAAUUACUACAAGCUGCUGUCAGACGGUCCCCUGGACAGAGAACGGACUCCAGAGUACAACAUUACAGUCACAGCCUCAGACGCAGGGUCCCCCCCUCUCUCCACACACAAGAGCAUCACCCUUCAGGUGUCCGAUGUCAACGACAAUGCCCCGGCCUUUGAGACCCUCGUCAUCAUGCUGAAGCUCCGACAGUCAGGGAGCCCCAAAUUCCUGCAGUGCUUUGCUCCCAUCCCCCACUCGAACAACACACUCAUUUUUCCCCCCAACUACGAGGAAGGGACCUUGCCGUACUCCUACCAGCUCUGCUUAUCGUCCGAGUCCCGGAUCCAUGAAUUUGCCUUCCCAAAGCCCCCUGUUCCUACCACUGAGAUUAUUCCGUGUACCAAUAAGUCUGAUACGUUAAUGAUGAUCAAUGGAGACAAUGCCCCCAAUCCGGAGAUGGGUAACGGUGAAGUGGUAAGUUUUCUGUCAGUUGGUACCUAGAUUACAAGCAUUGCACCUUUUUACAGAGAUCCAAAAAAUUAAAAUAUAUGUUAUGGUGCCCUAUCCUUAAUUUUUUGAUCUAUGAUUUUACUUUCUUCACUCACAGUCUGACUUGGAACAGACGCAUUACUUCAUUUUUAAAAGAUUCAUUAAUGUUUGAACAGUGUGUGGGAAACCAUUUCCAUUAAAGAACUACUUCAAAAUCAGUUCUUAUCUAAAAUAUGCUCCUUCGCAUGCAUGUGCCUGAGGGAGAGCGUGAAGCUGCAUUCAGUGUUCAGGCAUUCCGGAAGGGUGUGAUUUGGAUCCGCAUCCUGGGUCCACACGAGGCUCUCCGCUUCUCAUGGCUCCCUCCAUGCAAUUGCCAUCCUGAAACCAGUGGUGGCCCUAUCACGCCCCCUGCCUGUUUAAGUAAGCUAGUUUAGGGAAUGACUGGAAGCGGUCCGAUGAAUAUACAAUGUUGAGUUGUUAGGCCGGAAGGUGGUUGUGCUUGGACACCCAGGCUCUGGUGCUUUCCUGGGGUUCUUUUUGUUGUGUGAAGAGCAGAGGAUGGCCAUAACAGAGCUUAAUUUCAGUAACAUGAAGAAUGAUGUAUUAACUCAGACAUUAAGCUGCAAGAUCCACACAAGGGAGACUGUAAUUGGCUUAUAUGGUACGAUACGCUGCUACUCGGACAGCAGUCACAGGUGUCUUGGUCGCAGCAUCCAUGGCCGUUGUAGCAGUGAAUUCAAAUAUCCACGAGAGGCUACUGCCGUUAUUUCAGUAACUCUAAAGUUGGCCAGCAAUAUGUGCCAGUAUUUGGGACAUCGCAGUGCCUAGCGAUUGGUAAACCUGAAAAUGGCCCACACAAAAGUUUCAUUAAAGGCGCACAGAGUAGCCUGUUGAAAUGAGAGUAACACUUCUGAGAGUAUUCAGAGAACAAAUGCUGCUGACAAAGAAGCAAGCGCAGAGCCUCCUGGAGUGGCCCUCUGUCAUCGUCUUCCGGAGCUGCACCCAGGCAAAAGCAUUGCAACAAAACGCAGAUUCUGCCAAGACACAAGACAGAGAAAUAUAAGGAGUGGUGUGCUGAUGCAUAUGGCGUCCCAGCACGAGGCGACAACCACAGCCUUUCUGCCUGGUCUGUCGAGGUGCAGCAUCCCGCAUUACCCCUGGGCUGCUGUCCAGUCUUUGCACUGGGGGCCAGGAAGGGCUGGCAAGGCAGCAGCGCUCAGGGCUCACCUAGGAGCAAGUGGAGCCCCUUUCUGGCCGGGGCGCUGGUGCCGCCAGGGGUCUGCAGGGUGCCCACCCAGAACCCUGCAAUGCCUGCCACCGGCCACCCUAUCUGGCUGAGCCACUGAAGGGCCUCUGGAGCUGCCUCUUCUGGCUCCUUGCCCCACGUGUCCUGCCCAGGAGGAACUGGGUGUUUGCUGCAGAUGUUUUGCAGUUGUACUUGGGCAGGCAAGACCCCUUUUGUGCAUCGAGGCAGAAAUGGCAGGAUUGAAUAACAGCACCACCUGGCCUGGGCCAUAGGAGGAAUGCGGACAACCAUGCUGCAUUUGUGAUUCCUCCUCGAGAAAUCCCAGGAUUAUAUCCCAUCUACAAGAUUACAGGAGCAGCACCAUAUGUUACCUUAAAAACCCAAAUAUUCCAGUCAAGUCAAAA